GCCGGUGCGAUCGUGGCGCUGGCGGAGUGGAGCAGCGAGAGCCGCAUGUAAAUGAACACCUCCACCUCCGUGUUGUUGUCACCUGAGGAUCCAGAGGGGCACAUCGACUCGUCCCGUCCCCCCGUCAUCGGCGAGCCGACCUGUAACGUUUACCGUGGAGAUAAAUAAAAAAAGAAAGAAAGAAAGAAAGAAAGAUUAAACUGCACUACUUUGGAGCAAACGCUGACCGCUAAUCGCCGCCGUGUGUCGCCGCCGUUUUCUCGCUACAGUAACACGACGAGCGCCUCUCUGCCGCCCCCUGCUGACCAUGCUGCAGAGCGUGUGCGCCCUGGUCGUGGCACUCGCCGCUGCCGCCCUCAGCUCGGCGGACCCCGACGCGCACAGACCGAGGCAUGACUCCAACCUGGAGAUCUACAAGCGGCUGUUUGAGACCAAGAGGAAAGAUCAGCUGAACGCGCUCAAGAACCUGGUGGAGCUGAACGACAUCAACCAGCAGUACAAGAUCAUAGACAUCAUGCUCAAAGGACUCUUCAAGGUGUUGGAGGACUCCAGACAAAUCCUGGUUGCAGCCAACAUGCAGCCUGACGACCCCUUCCCCAUGGACGAUAAGAUCAAAGAAGCUUAUUCCCACGUGGUGGAGAAUACGGCGUUUUUCGGCGACGUGGCGCUGCGAUUCCCCCGCAUUGUCCACCACUACUACGACCGGAACGCCGACUGGGGCGGUCUGCUGCGCUGGGGGCUGAACUUCUGUAACCUGACGGGGGUUUUUACCGGAGGAGCCCACCAACAUGUCCUCACACUUAUGUCACAGGAGCUGGGAAUAACAGAGAAAUCCCCAGACUUUAUAAACCCGUACCGCACCGAGAGGGAUGAUGUCCUUCACACUGCAGAGGCUUUCCAAAAGAUCCUGAGGGAGGAGGAGAAGAGGAGGAGGAAGGAGGAGAAGAGGAAAGAAAUCCGGAAAGGCCCCCGCAUCUCCCGCUCUCGCACCGAGCUAUAGCGCCGCACCCUCAGCGCUUUGUGCAGAGCAGAGGAGAAGAGGAAGGAGCGUACGCACGGUCCACAAGGGGCGGCUUGACUUGUAGACUCAGAUGACAGCGAAGGAAAUCAAAAGCUGCCAUCAGUUGUACGAAAGCCAGGUGCUCUGUUGAAAAGAAGAGAGGAACCCUCAAUGUGAUACAACAAAGUGAAAAGGAAGUGGAGGUUAGCUGACAAAAGCCUGAAUCACUGCACUCAGUUACAGUGAUUACAAUUGGAAAAUCUGUUGUUGUAUAAGAGGUUAAAUAUGUCUCUGGAAUAGGAGUUGAUAAGGGAAACUCACUUUUGAUAACUUGAGGAUUACAUAAUUGUACUUUGGAAUAUAAGUAAUUUCAAUAAAUUUGCUUCAGAACUUUGCAAAACCCUCCUGUAUCGUGUCUGGUCUAGAUUUAAUGUGUCUAAAGCCCAAAUGCUUCAAAUACGUGUGGUUGCCAAAUAUAAAUUUGACCUCACCUCAUUAAAAUCCGGCCUGUUUCUGGUUAGGCUAAGCUUGAUUUAGAGUAGUAGAGUUUUAUUUCAUUCUCUUUAUUUUUUAUUUCUUAUUCUUUCUCCUUGAACUGGGAUUUGUUAGA